ACUGAAAGAUCAUUCAAUUAACAUUUUUUUUUAAGUGUGAACGAGUCUGUGGUAUUCUGCUGUGUUGUAUAGAACUCAUUUCAAAUAAAAGCUCUUCAUUGCCACAGUGUUUGAAUGAGUGCAGCACACGCACUGGUUCUUAUUAUAGUCCUGAACACAGGCAGCAGACUGUGUCCACCAUCCUCUCCAUGACCCGCCCAUCCGCCGCCGCUGCCUGAGCUAGGUCAGGUGUUCGUGCUGCAGCUACGUAAGCUCCGUGUUUGGGGAACUGCUUGGAUCUAGUGUGCGGGACAGACCCGGUCGAGGCCAUGCUCAGACGGAUACUUCAGAUGACUCCUGGGAAGGGAGGCUCCCAGAAUGCAGAGUCAGAGCAACCGAGCACAGACCUUAACCACGAUCAGACGUCUGAGGGCUUCAUCUGUCCUCAGUGCAUGAAGUCUCACAACUCUGCAGAGGAGCUGUUCAAGCACUAUGAGCUGUUCCAUGAUACCGGAGACCUCCCCGCUCACAUGGCCCCCACUCGGGAAGACCUUACAAUGCUGCGGCAAGAAGUUCAGGACCUGCAUGCUUCUCUCAAGGAGGAAAGAUGGUUCUCUGGAGAGCUCAAGAAGGAGUUAGACAAAGUCCAAGGACACCUGAAGCAAAAUGAUGGACAGGUGACCUCAGAGGAUGCAGUCCUUGAAAAGAAGCUGAAUGAAGCAGAGACAGAAAAGUUCAACAUCAAGCAAAUGAAAGACCUGUUUGAGCAGAAGGCUGCACAGCUGGCCACAGAGAUAGUAGAUUUAAAGUCGCGUUAUGAUGAGGAGAAGAGCUUAAAAGAGGCUGCGGACCAGAGGGUGGCCAAGUUGACAGAACAUCUGCAGAAAGAGACGCAGGAGAACGAGAGACUCAAAACAGAACUGCUGCAGCGACCGGGAGUGGAGGACGUGGAGGUCCUGCAGAAGGAGCUAAUACAGGUGCAGACGUUGAUGGACCAAAUGACGCGUGAGAGGGAGGACGAGUCUGAACGCCUCAAAAGCCACUACGAGGAACUGCAGGCUGAUUACACAACCUCAGAGAUCCGUAAACUGGAGUUGACCAUAUCCCAACUAAAAGCAGAGCUGGAGAAGGGUCCGCAAGAAGCCGCCGUCUACACCCAAGAGAUCCACCAGCUACAGAGCAAUCUGAAUAAUUUGCAGCAGCAAAGCCAGAGCUUGUCUGAAAAACUAGCACGUAAGGAGAAGGAGCACCAGCAACUGGAGGAGAGUCUAGGAGCUGAGAAAGGUGCCAAGAAGGGAGUCCAGGACAGCCUGAGGGAAAGAGAGCAGGAGGUCCAAGAGCUCCAGGCUCGGGCCUCUGGGGCUGAGGCCUCUCUGCACAAGACCCAGACAGAGCUUAGAGAGAGAACUGAGGAGGUGGCAAAGCUGAAGAGUGAGAUUGGUGAGCUGGAGGUGAAGCAUGCAGAGCUGAAGGUUGAGAGGAAACAGCUUAAUCAGCAAAGGGAGGAAAAAGAAAGUCAAGGUGCUCAGCAGCAGACCGAGAUCAGUCAGCUUCACGCCAAACUUCUGGAGGCAGAGCGACAGCUGGGCGAGGUUCAAGGUCGUCUGAAAGAACAGAGGCAACUGUCUGGAGAGAAACUAAAAGACCGCGAGCAGCAGUCAGCCGACCUGCAGCUCAAACUCUCCCGUGCAGAAGAACAGUUGAAGGAGGGUGCCAGUAAGAACACAGACCUGCAGCACCAGCUAGAGAAAGCCAAGCAGCAGCACCAGGAGCUCCAGGCGCUGCAGCAAAACACAAACGGCAAACUCCGCGAAGCACAGAAUGACCUGGAGCAGGUGCUGCGUCAGAUUGGGGAUAAGGACCAGAAGAUCCAGAACCUGGAGGCUCUGCUGCAGAAGAGUAAAGACAUCAUGAGCCAACUAGAAGCUGAGAGAGAAGACUUAUGUGCAAAGAUCCAGGCUGGGGAGGGAGAGACAGCUGUCCUGAACCAACUGAAAGAGAAAAACCACGCUCUACAAGAACAGGUGAUGCACUUGACAGACAAACUGAAAAACCAGUCGGAGAGCAACAAGCAAGCCCAGGAUAACCUACACAAGCAGGUCCAGGAGCAGAAGACUCUGCUGCGUUCAGCCCAGGACCGAGCCCACACCCUGGAGACUUCAGUCACCGAGCUCACCACCCAGCUCACAGACAACAAGGAGAAAGUCUCCCAGCUGGACUCCCAGCUGAAGGCAAAGACAGAAAUGUUGCUGUCUGCUGAGGCGGCUAAAGCUGCACAGAAGGCCAACCUGGAAAACAACCUGGAGACUGCUCAGCAUGCACUGCAGGAUAAGCAGCAGGAGCUGAAUAAAGUUCAGAAGAAGGUGGAGGAGCAGAUCCAGAGGCUCAAGGAGAGGCAUGAGCAGUGCACGCAGCUGGAAACCAGUCUUAAAGAAUUCAAAGAAAAACUGCUGGCCUCAGAGCAGAGUGUAGAGCAGCUGGAGGGGCUUAAUAAGAAAUUGGAGUCACAGGUCGAGGAGAUGCAGGCUACACGUGAUCAGGCGCAGCAAGAAGUUCAGAAGUUGCAGAAGGAAGCGUCAGAGGUUAAACAGAAAACUAAGGAGCUGCAGUGCUCACUGGAAAAAGAGAAAACAGGGGCUACUACGCUACAAGAGGAGUUAAAGAAGAAGGCAGCAGCUUUGAGCGCCACCCAGCAGCAGCUGCAGGGUUGUGAGCAGGAUAAAGCUGCUCUGAAGGUGAACCUGGACAAGGUGACACAGGAGGGAAAGACUCAGCAUGCAGAGCUGGACAGAAAAGCUCAGAAACUGGCAGCAGAGCUACAAAAAGCCCAACAGGAGAAGGAGGCGCAAAGGAAGGAGCUUGGCUCUACUCAGGAGAACCUAGGAAAGGCUAAAAAGGCUCUGAAAGAGAGUCAGAGUCAACUGGACACGGAGAGGAAGAGCCAUAAAGCAGCCAUGGAGGAAAAGGACAAGUCCAACGAGAAGGCCCGACAGGAGCUUCUUAAGAAUAAUGAGACCGUUACCAAGACAAUGAAAGAAUCUAAAGAACAGUUGGAGCAGAUGAGAGAGGCAGAGAAAAAGCUGAAAGGGCAGCUGAGCUCUGUAGAGAAGCAACAGUCAAAGACUCAGGAGACACUGAAGGAAAAGGAGAAUGAGCUGGAGAAGCUGCGGGCACAGCUGAAGACAGCCCAGGGGUCCUCUGAGGAGGAGAUGAAGAAACUGAAGAGACAAGCGACAGAGUUACAGGAAGUCAAUGCCAAGAAAGCAGAGGAGGAGGGUAAGCUGAGGGCCCAGGUGUCGGCGCUCGGCCAGGAGCUGACCUCUGAGAAGAGCCAGACGGCCGAGCUGCAGAAGACCUUGGAACAGAGUCAGGAAGGUCUGACUAAGCUUCAGUCCGACUUCUAUGGCAAAGAAUCUGAGGUCUCUGCUCUACGUCAAGACCUCAAGGCGGCAGAAGAGAAGUUGGGUUUCGCCCAGGAGGAGCUGGCUGCUAACCGAACCCAUCAGACCAGUUUGGAGGCUCAGAUCCAGGAGCUGAAGACGAGUCGCAGCUCGUUGGAGCAGGAGCUCACCAAACAGCAGCAGAAGGGCCACCAGCAGGAGCAAACACUAAAGGAGCUACAGAAGCAACUGAAUCACACAAAGGAGGAGCUGGAGAAGGAGAAGAGCAAAGUGGAGGAGCUGAACAAAGCCAAAAGUUUCCUGGAAAAGAGUAACAGCAAGUUAACAGUGGAGUUAAAAACACUAACAGAGAAGAGUGAAAAGGAUCUGGGUGAGCUGCGAGAAGCCAAACAACUGUUGAUCCAGCAGAAACUGGAGUUGCAAGGUCAGGUGGAAGCGGCACAGGGAGCACUGGAGCAAGAGCAGAAAGAGCAUCAGGCCACAAGGGACAGCAGGAGCCACAAGGAGGAGCAGCUCCUCACCAAAACCAAGACUGUCCAGGAUCAGCUGGCUGCAGAGAAGCGAGCCAGAGAGGAGCAGGUGAAGCUUGGAGAGGAGGCUGAAGCCAAGCUGGGCGUGCAGGUGACGGCGCUGAAUGAAAACGUGGCCACGCUGAAGAGAGAGUGUCAGGGCAGCCAGAGGAGAGUCGGUGAACUGGAGAAGCAGACGGACGAGCUGAGAGGAGAGAUCGCCGUGCUGGAGGCCACCGUCCAGAACAACCAAGAUGAGAGGCGAGCUCUUUUGGAAAGGUGUGUCAAGGGAGAGGGAGAGAUAGAGAAACUGCAGGCCAAGGUGGUGGAUCUGAGGAGGAAGCUGGACGACACAACGGCAGCCAUGCAGGAGCUGGGCAGAGAGAACCAGUCACUGCAGAUUAAGCAGUCACAGUCUCUGACCAGGAAGUGGGCCGAGGAUCAUGAGGUGCAGAACUGCAUGGCCUGUGGGAAAGGCUUCAGUGUCACUGUCCGGAAGCACCACUGCAGACAUUGUGGGAAUAUUUUCUGCGCUGAGUGCUCAGCGAAGAACGCCCUGACGCCGUCCUCUAAAAAACCAGUACGGGUGUGUGAGACAUGUUUUGAGGAGCUCCAAGGCUGAUUCCCCUCUCAUUGGUUUUACCUAACCCUAACACCCCCACCCCUACCCUCCCCUACGCUCCGUCCCUCCUUGUACCCACUCCAGCGGGCAGAAGGCGGCCUGUCUUUGUCGUAUUUAAUGUGCGCUAUAAAAGGACAGACUCCCACCUGCAUGCGACUUGUGGCUCUGGUGCGGAGGGAAGUAACCGAAGGGUGACCAGAUGGCGUGGGAUUUGGGUCGGGAUUGUCUGUAUCUGUUUUUGUGCCUUUGCUACUCCUGUGGACUGCCAGAGAGCGGAGACAGUGAGAACUAAACGCCAUCCGUCUCUUUACGUUCGCGCUCACAUCUCCAUCUUUGUUUGGCUUCAUAAGCGAACUGCAAGGUGGCUGCUCUUGUACAUUGUGAUACGUUAGAAGGCGAGAGGUCAGCGUGACACUGAGAGGGUGAAUGGGGAAGUAAAUAUGGUGAUGUUGAAAAUCACUGCUGCCCUACAAAGAUAUAUGCAGGUAACUAUUUUGGCCAAAAAAGAAAAUAUCUGUAAAUGUAAUUAAGAUUACAACUGUAAAGUUUUUCUGUGUACAACCCAAUAUUUACAUCAAAUUGAUCACUAAAAACCCAAGUAAUAUGAUGAUGAAAAUAUUUUUGUAAAACUUUUCAGUUAAGUUGACAGACUGUAUUUUACAACAGAGUAUUCGGGUCAUAUUGAAGAAAAACAAAUCCGGAGAGUUUGAGUUGAUUGUUGUAAUUGUACUAAAAUGUAUAAAAAAGAAAUUAGGAAAGAAGCAGCAAGGAAAACCUUUGCUCUAGAUCUGCUCCUGGAUCCAAAGUCUGGAACCGAUCUUUAGAUAUCCUGCAGGUGUGACCAACAUUGCUUAUUUUAACACAGGCGACGGGUCGAUCUCCUGAUAUUCCCCAUGUAAAAUGAUUAUUCUUAAAACCUCAGAUUUCUGUUGCCUUUACGUGCCACGAUUCUCUGUUGUAAUAGAUCAUUUGUGAAGCACAGAUUUCAACAUUUCCUUUGGCAGUAAAAACAAAGUUAAACAGCUGCAGUUUGAAUUUGAUGUUUGUGGACAGGAUUUCAUGUCCAUCCAUUAUGUUGUGUACACGCACAUAAGUAAAUGUUAACACUGUACAGUAUUCCACAGUGAAAAGGGAGGAAAUGAUUGAGCGUUUUGUUUUGAUUAUGAGUCUUGAACAGUAAAAUCAGUUUUUUUUAUAACCUUUUAAAGAGAACACAUCAUCGUCAGUUUAUGCACCAGCGAAUUUCUGUAAAUAACUUGAUGUCAAAUCAGUUCCUGCAUGUUUCCUUUGUGUGGCAGCGCGUUAAUGAACCAGUGGGAAUUAAUUAAUGUAUUUCAUGACCAAAGAAUGUCUGCGGCAGGAAAACAGGCACGACAAAAAGCCCCGAGUUUUGUUGUUCACAUUUCAGUAUUUUUCUUAGCGUCUCCAUUGGAAGCUUUUGAGUUUUAAUCACAGGGUCUGACAUUUUUAUCUUGAACAGAAGGUGUGUGAGGAUCUGAGAGAUUUUGUUUUCAAUGUACAGUUGUGUUGUUUUCUACAGAUUGCGGUGCUUUCUGCAGA